AGAAAUGCAGGCAUAACCAUGGCAUUUAGGGAGGCCAGGACCGUAGUGAGAGCACUGGGGUGAAAACAGAGAUUUCAUUCAGUAGUCGCCGCCCUAGUUCACGCAACCUAGCCCGGCACCAUGGGAGCCUAUCUAUCGUCGCCUAUUACUGAUAAGGAAGUGUUUGAGGGAGAUGGGCAUGGCCUACGCUUCGGGGGCGGCGCUAUGCAGGGUUGGCGCCGCACCAUGGAGGAUGCGCACGUCGCCGAGGUCAACGUCGCAAACGACCCCAACGUGGCCAUGUUUGGCGUGUUUGACGGUCACGGAGGAGCAGAGGUAGCAAAGUUCUGCCAGAAGUAUAUGGCCGCGGAGCUGCAGCGGUUUGAGGAGUUUGGCAAGGGCAGCGUAGAGGACAGCCUCGUCAAGGUCUUCCACCGAAUGGACGAGAUGCUUCGCGACCAGCGGUACGCGGAGGAGCUGGAAAAGCUCAAGUCGAAAGAGUCCAACGAGGACGAGGGGGAGGGCGAGGGGGGUGGCGUUUCCACGACGGACGCGCUCGACCUGCUGCGCCGCGUCUUUCAGCUGAAGCGGUUUGUCGGUGGAAACAGCAACAGCAUGGGCGAGGGCGGCAGCUCGGAGGAGCCCGCCGAGAGCCCGGAGGAGGAGCUAGUGCAGGCAGGCUGCACAGCCGUUGUCGCGGUCAAGUUCGGCAACGAGCUUUUUGUGGCGAACGCUGGCGACAGCCGCGGCGUGCUCUGCCGGGCUGGCAAGGCCGUGGCUCUCAGCGAGGACCAUAAGCCUGCUCAGGAGGGCGAGCGCUCGCGCAUCAUAGCUGCCGGCGGCUUUCUCUCGGAGAUCGGCGGUGUUUGUCGCGUUAAUGGCAACCUCAACCUCAGCCGCGCCAUCGGUGACCUCAAGUAUAAAACCAACAACGAGCUGCCGCCCUCGGACCAGAUUAUCACAGCUCAGCCAGACAUCCGCAAAAUCGCGCUCAGCCCAGAGGACCGCUUCUUCCUUCUGGCCUGCGACGGCGUCUGGGACGUCAUGUCCAACCAGGACGCGGUGGAUUUCGUGUCUGCGCGGCUAGACCAGGGCAUGACGCCCAGUCAAGCCUCGUGCGCGCUGCUGGACGCCUGCCUGGCCAGCGACCCCAAGGAGGCUCGCGGCGUCGGCUGCGACAACAUGACCGUGGUGGUCGUGCAGCUCAACAGCCCCAGCAGCAGCUAAGCAGGCGGCGGUGGGCUAGCGGCGCUGGUGUUCGGCGGGGGUUAUGCCACACGCUCCUGACUGAGGCGCGGCGCUGGCUGUGUGUGCGCGGCCUGAUGUUUGACCCGCACAGCGGCGGUGGGCAGUGUAACGGCUUCGGUUUCGGCUGCUUGCAUCUCUCAGGGGCAACGCGCUGUGAUCCGGGGCACCAUAGGCAGGCAGGUUUUGCGGAGCAGGCGUCGGGGCACCCGCAAGCGCUGCGGGGUGUGGUGGCAGCGCAUCGCCGAGGGCGCAUGGGUGUGUGCAGUAGCAUGGAUAAGCCGAGUUGGAUUGCGCAGAGCAUGCGGCCACGAACACACAUGGACAUGCAACUGCAAUGUGCUGACGGCGUGACGUGGUAUGGGCGAGGGCGCAUGUAAGGCUGAAUGGGUUGCUUAUGUCCAAGCCGCAUUUACGUGCUGCUGUGCUCUUGCGCACAGCCGGCAAGCUCCCUGGCUCAUGGAUUAGCAGAGCAGGCUAGCCAGGCUUUCGCCUGCUGCCAUUUUUGUCGUGGUAGUGGAUGCCGGGCCUGAGGCACUGGCGGCUGGGUGGCCAGCCUGCGGACAUGCACCGUACGAGCCGGGUGCACGCCCGCGGGAGGCGGAAUGCUCCGAACUUGCUGGUAACUGGGGUGUCGUGGUAGCGGCGGAGGGUGGUUAUUGUAAACGACCGCCGGACAUGCACAGGGCGGCACCGUAUGGGUUUUGGCGUGUGUGUGAUGAUGGCAUCCUAGGUAGGUAAGUGCUGGGUGUUGCGAUUAGAAGAUGGUAAACACAGCGAGCGGCAGGGAAGCCAGUCGUGUAGUGAAUGAGGUGGGGUGGGGUGCAUGUGGUGAGCACGCACAAACGGUGCCGGCAUGUGUAACGGAAGAAGUGCUGCGAAAUGGAAUUGCUGUGUGCCGCAACGGGGUAUGGGCGCCAUGGCGGCGAUAUGCGCAGUGAGCCGGCGACCGGGGCUGGGGUGUUGCACCAGAACUGCAAAUGCAUGCGAGUGCGAAAUGCCAGCAGUGCCAGUCAGGAUGGGUUGUGCAUGCACAGUUACCGUAUCCGGCAGUGCAUGGGCACCAAUGCAGUCGGCGUGCAAAUCUGCAGCUCGGAUCCGGGAUCCCCAUGACCAGAGACGUAUGCGGUUGCAACGGCAGGAGCAGGCACCGCGGCAGCGUGCGUGUAAUGCGAAUGCGCA